AUGUCUCAACAGCUUGGCAAUAGUAUCAGAAGGAAGUUGGUCAUCGUUGGUGAUGGUGCGUGUGGUAAAACAUGUUUGUUAAUUGUAUUCUCAAAGGGCCAAUUCCCUGAAGUUUAUGUACCAACCGUUUUUGAAAAUUACGUUGCAGACGUUGAAGUUGACGGUCGUCGUGUUGAGCUAGCAUUAUGGGAUACUGCUGGCCAAGAAGAUUAUGAUAGAUUGAGGCCUUUGUCUUAUCCUGAUUCAAAUGUUGUCUUGAUUUGUUUCUCGAUUGAUCUACCGGAUUCGCUAGAAAAUGUUCAAGAAAAGUGGAUUGCUGAAGUGUUGCACUUCUGUCAAGGUGUACCAAUUAUUCUGGUUGGUUGUAAAGUCGAUUUAAGAAACGACGGACAAACUAUUGAAGCAUUGAGAGCUGAAGGUCAACAACCUGUCACAUCAUCUGAAGGCCAAUCCGUUGCUGAUCAAAUUGGUGCUAGUGGCUACUAUGAGUGUUCUGCAAAGACAGGCUACGGUGUAAGAGAAGUUUUUGAAGCGGCAACAAGAGCCUCAUUGAUGGGUAAAUCAAAAAACAAUGGAAAAUCAAAAAAGAAUAGCUCCGAAAAGAAGAAGAAGAGAAAGUGUGUUCUGUUAUAA